AUGCAGACAUACCUUCUUUCCCAGCAAUUUGACACUGGGUCUUUGGCAGAAAACUCCACAGCUUGUCCAGCAAAUGCUACUAUUUGCAAAGGCACAUCUUGUGUGUUACCAGAAGAUAAUUUUAAUGAAACUUUGAGCAUAAUUUUAAGUACUGUUCUAACAAUUAUGCUGGCUUUGGUGAUGUUCUCCAUGGGUUGUAAUGUGGAAGUUAAGAAAUUCUGGGGCCACAUAAAAAAACCCUGGGGCAUUUUUGUGGGUUUCCUUUGCCAGUUUGGAAUUAUGCCUCUCACAGCCUUCUUGCUGUCCUUGGUAUUUAACGUGCUUCCUAUUCAAGCUGUCGUGGUGCUGAUCAUGGGAUGCUGUCCGGGGGGCACAGCCUCCAAUGUCAUUGCCUACUGGGUGGAUGGAGACAUGGACCUAAGCGUCAGCAUGACAACUUGCUCCACGCUGUUUGCAAUGGGAAUGAUGCCACUUUGCCUCUUUGUUUACACCAAGAUAUGGACUGAUUCUAGUGCAAUUGUGCUCCCCUACGACAGCAUUGGAAUUUCACUGGUAGCUCUUAUAAUUCCUGUUUCGUUUGGAAUAUAUGUUAACCACAGAUGGCCUAGUAAAGCAAAAAUCAUACUUAAGAUCGGUUCCAUUGUGGGAGCGAUCCUCAUCGUGCUCAUUGCUGUCGUUGGGGGAAUACUCUACAAAGGCUCCUGGACUAUCUCGCCCAAAUUAUGGAUCAUUGGCACUAUAUUUCCAGCAGCUGGCUAUUCUCUGGGAUUCUUUCUGGCCCGUGUAGCUGGUCUGUCUUGGCACAGAUGUCGUACAGUGUCUCUGGAAACAGGCAUGCAAAACACUCAGCUAUGUUCAACUAUAGUACAGCUCUCAUUCACUCCUGAACAACUUGAACUGAUGUUUACUUUCCCACUCAUCUACAGCAUUUUCCAGCUGUUGUUUGCACUACUAAUUUUAGGAGGCUACCGCAUUUACAGAAGACACCGGGUCAAAACAAAGACAGAUGUUGAGAAAACAGAGGAAAAAGAGGAUUCAAAAUCAACGUCAUCACAUGCUAAAAUAAAUGGAGGAUUUGUAUCAAAUGAGACCAAAUAGACAAUUACCUCUGUUCCCACCAGCUGAAAAGUUAUACGGUUUACUUAAAACUUUUUUUCACAUGCCGUUGCUUUAUUUAACGAAAGGAGAAGUUCUGCUGAUAUUGUACAGUAAGACUUUAAAAUGAUUAACUUAUGAAAGAUUUCUACUUUGAUUUUGAACAUGGUUUCUGCCACAAUUGUAGAAUCUGGUUUUGAAGCUAAUUCCCUAAACAUAUUUGAUGUUUUAUUAUGUCUUAUUUAAAGAAAGGCAGAAUAACGGUGGGCUAUUGCUAAAAAAAACCAGGCAGAUAUUUGCAUUACCAACUCCAGCUCAUGAUCCUGCAAAUCCAUCUGCUAGUUUCAGCCCCCACACCAAACAAAGAGAAAUCUUGUAGAGGUGCCUGGGCAGCAACAGGAGUUGAUGUGGAAGAUCUGAUAAGACUGGAGGACUUUCACUGAACAUGAAUCAACCAUUAAAUUGGAACAAGCAAAUAAUGAAAUAAAGUUUCAUUUAGGUCAGUCUGGGCAGACUAAAGUCAUUGCACUGUACUAAUUGCUUGAAGCAUUAAUUUAUUCUAAAGCUAUAAUUUUAACAAGUGCAAGAUACAUUAUGACUCUGGUUUUUUGCCUACAGUAAUAGAAAGUAACAGCUUUGCAUCUUCAGUCCGGGUCUUUUAGGUGCUGGACACUUGAACAGAGAGACAAAGCUGAGGGCGUAAGCCUAGAGCAAUUUUAGUGUGACAGCUGCAUACAAAGGAGCAGGCAGAGAUUUUGGAAGCGUAAGAAAUUAUCAGCUUCUGCACUGAAAGAGAGGCAUUUGAAAGUGGAACAAAAUUAUCCCUGAUUCAUCUAGGACUACUUUCAUCACCGUUAACACGAGACAAUAGCUCUUGUAGAGAGUUCUGUGUUUUCGUUAUUUUAUGAACUCAAUAAAUUUGAACUUACCAGGUGUCUGUGGCAUGUAGACACUGAUGUAGUUGACAACUUUAAGAUUUUAAUUAUAUGAACCACAGACAGAAAUAAUUGGAUGUACAUAUACCUUAUUUGUCUCUGAAAAUUUAAAGGUAGAUAUGGAAAGCUGUCUUAAGUUUGUGGAGAAAAUGAGUAUAAUUCUAAGAGAAACAGUGCAGUAAAUUUUUCGCAGCUGUAGUUUUUUAUGGAUACAUUCAGUAACAUUAGUCCUGUAGC